AUGCGAGUCUCUACAGUUAUAUCCUGGCUCGCAUUUGGCGCCACCCUUGCCGCUAGCAAACCCGGCUGCCAGGGCCACGCUGGCAGGAAACCCAAUGUCGACGCCCACUUGGGGACCUUUUUGCAUAACCGCAUCAGCCCCAACUACUCCGAGCUCUACAUCGCGCAGCCAGACGGAUCCAAUGAGAAGCUGCUUCUGGGUUCCCAGUCUGUAUACGAUUUCCGAGCGAGCUGGUCUCCAAAUGCAGACUACGUUUAUUUCACCUCCGAACGACGGGGUGAUGGCCAGGCGGAUGUCUACCGCGUCGCCGUGAAUGGCACGAGUACUGCGGGCAACAGGGUGGAACCGAUGGCAUUGUCGCCAGGGGUUGACGACUCGAGCUCAAUUUCCCCUGAUGGCAAGAUGCUGGCGUUCACGACCAGCCGAUUCAACCAAACCAGCCAGAUCAUGCUGCGUGUCUUGGAGACGGGUUCUCUCAAGAAUCUGACGCUUAGCCCUGGUAUCUCCGGUGCUGCCAACAAUGCCGGUCCCAAUGGGUACUUCAAACCCAUCUGGUCCCCCGAUGGACAGUGGAUUGUCUUUACAUCGGACCGCAACACGCCAUGGCGAGGCCACACCGCUGGAUCGGGCUGGGAGCAUACGCAGGAGUUGUCCAUCUAUGCCUGUCGCCCGAAUGGAUCGGACUUUCGCCUGGUCUCGUCUCGUGCAAACUAUACACAGGGUUCGCCUCGAUUCUCCCCCGAUGGCAAGCGCCUGGUCUUCUAUGAGAUGUUGACCGAGGAUACGUAUAAUGCUCGCCUGCAGCCUGACCUGCUUUACGGGGAUAACCUCAGCAGCAGCAUUGUAUCCAUUGACUUUGCCACCAGAAGCGAUCGUAUCAUCCACGCUAGCGGAUCGGGGACUAGAAUCAGCCCUUCCUUCGUGACGAACGAUGUGAUUGGGUACGUCCAGAAGCUGUCAGAUAACAAUGGCAUCUACUACACGUCUAUCUCGGGGAAAAACUACACGCAAUAUCAAACCAUUCCCAUGAACACCAUGACACCCGCGAUCCGCUCACCCACCUGGUCUCCGGAUGGCAAGUACGUUAUCUAUGAAAAGCAGGGCCCGACAGGAGGCAGCACGUCGACUUCCAAAACCCAGUACUCCGAGCUCUGGAGCUUCGACCCAGACUGGGACUACCGAUUCACGGAUGUCUUCCCCAUGGGAUCACGAGGAGGGUGCCCGAUGAUGGCCAUGUCGCAGCAAAUGGAGGGCCCCGCCGAGAGCAAUCUGAUGCGACUCGAAAUGAACGGUACGGGCCAGACCACCCUGUUCGAGACCAAGAAAGCCAUGAUCAACCCGUCCAUUGCCGAGGGUUACAACGCGCGCGCCUACCAGGGGAGCUGGGGUCCCAACGAUACCAACCUGACCUUUGGCUUUGGCGCAUACUUUGUUGCCCGGCAAAGCAAUCCGGGAUUUAUCUUCAGCGUUAAUGCCGAGGGCUCCGACUUCACGGUCCUGGCCGGAAACAACAUCACCAACUACGGGUUCCCGUCCUACAACCAUGACGGCACCAAAGUCAUUUUCCGUACAUGGCCCGGCACUGCCUCGAAUGGCACGACCGUGGGCACGAUGGGCCUGGCCAUCGUCGACGUCGCCACGAAAAAGGUGAAGCAGCUGACAACCGAGUGGGAUAACCUGCCCGCGUUCUCGCCCGACGGCAGGAAGAUCCUCUUCACUCGCCGUACCAACUGGAGCAAUAUCGGCGAUAACUACGAUAUCAUGACCAUGAAUCUAGACGGCACCGAGCUGGCCAACGUCACUCCUUCUCUGGCCAGUGAUGCCCAUGCCGUGUGGACUGCAGAUGGCCGCAUUCUCUACAGCACCGCCAUGUUCGGAUUCCAGCAGGAGGCACCCCUGUAUGAUGACUCCAUGCAGCCGUAUGCGAUCAUCAUGCUCAUGGAGGCGGAUGGAUCCAACAAGAGGGCCUUGUCGAACAGUUUGUGGGAGGAUGCUAUGCCUUUGUUUGCCCCGGCCCAUGUAUUGGCGGCAACCUGUUGA